GCUUCAUCAUAGCCUCCUGGUCUUGUGAGUUGGAAACAAUUGAAGGAGACACUCUGUCCACAAGAUUCGAACAAUGUAGCUUAAAGACAAAAUUUGUAAGAGUUAGAGUCAUGCCAAACUCGUUUCAUACAGGUUGAACUAAUACAGACUGGGACACAAUUGACUGCGAGCAACAAGUCAAAUAAAUUGUCUGCAUAAAUCUUUAGCCGAGGCUAAUGAAUUUAAAGGAGUUAGAACAGCUUUGAGAAUCAAUUGAAAUUGAGAUUUAUAUAUCUGCAAAAAAAAAAAAAAAAUUUCAAUUCAUAAAGUUAUGACCGAUUGAAUACAAAUCUAUGAACAUAAUCGAAUACUGUAAGAAAACAAAACCAAGCUACUCGGAGUUGGAAAAGAAUAUAUACUUCGUUUUACGUUUCAAAAAUCAAAUACUAAACAAGUAAUGAACUCAUAGCAAAAAUAAAUAAAAUUCUAAAAUAAUUAUUUUACAAAAAAAUAAAUAGUGUGCCAAAAGUUUAAAUUGACUAGUAGCAACAUAAAUCUGAAACAUAAAUAAUUGGCAAAGGGUUUGAUUAGUAAGAGCUGUGAUUUUAUUUUUUGGCCGUAGAAAUAUUGCUGUGAUUUUUUUUGUUUUGGUUCUAGAUUUUUAAUUUUUAGAAGCCUUUAAAUUUGGGAUUAGGUAUUUGUCUCUGCAUAACAAUUAUAAAGAUAUAAUUUAAAAAAGUGCUAUGGGUUUAAAAUAAAGGAUGUGAGCUUUAAAAGAAAAUACAAAUCAAGAUAGAUGUAGAUUUAGGGUUGUAAGUAUAAUUGUGGCUGUGGAGACAGUGCCGUGCGAGGGUUUCUAGACACCCAAAAUGAGUUUUAAAACUGAGGCCCUUUAAUAUAACUGUUAAUAAGUACAAAAUAUAGUUUUGAAACAUAUAAAAAAACUGAAACAAAAACAUAUAAUAUAACAUUAUAUACUAUUACCAACUAGAAAAGAGAAGAAGGAAAUAUUACUCCGUAAGAAAAUAUGAUGGUGACAACAAACACCAUAAGUAAAAAAGAUUUAUUUUCCGUUUGUGAUUUAAUUUUGGUUUAGAUUAUCGAUCGACUUUCCAUAAAAAUUCUCAUCAAAACAAAAAUAAAAUAAAGACAUAAGUAUAAAAGAAAGGACUCGAACGUGGGACACUAAAAAUCGGUUGUGUAACAACAAAAACCACUAAGACAUCCGCACACUUUCGUGAAAUUGGGGACCCUUAAAAUCAUAAUAUAUUUUGGGGCUUAAGGCAAAUGUCUUUUUAAAUGUAUAGCAGAUACACCUCUGUGUGGACAGCAUCUGCAGCAAUAUUCAGUCACACCCAAAAAAAAAGAAGAAUUUGACUGAAUAUCAAAAAUUAAUAUUGGUCCAGAAAAACAUUUGACUUUGAACAUACAAGUUAAUUUCCGGUCAACAUAUAAUUUUGUUUCAUAUUUACAUAUAUGCAAAUAAACUCUUAAUUACAACUGAAGUCAAACCCCGCUUAAUUACUUUCCAAUUAAAUUUUCUAAUAUAUAUACCGUAAUGCUUUAGAAAGCAAUCUUCAAAAUAUCUCAAGUCUCUCAAGCAAAACAAAUAAAAAAACCCUAAUUCUGAAAUUUAGACGAGACUCCAUUAUCCUAAACAUGUCAUAUGGUUCGUGGUUUUUAGACGAGACUCCAUUACCAAAACUAGGCUUUCUCGGGCAAGGCAACAAUGGCUAUGUCACCCUGGUUCGAAACGGCGAUGGACUACUCAUGGCUAAGAAAACAUCUUUCCUCAAAUACUCAGAGGAUCUCGAGAAAGAAGUAAGGAUCAUGGAUCGCUUUUUUUCAAUCAAUUUCAACACCGUGAGAGCCACGAGCCCUGCUGUCUCCUACGAAACCAUGCCAUUCAACGUGAAAGUCUGUUCCAUUCACAUGGAAGUCGCACCGCAUGGUUCACUCAAAGACAUGCUGACCAAAGCCGGUGGGACAUUACCGGAGAACGUCAUCGGUUAUUGCAUUUUCCAGGUUCUUGAAGGGCUUAGGGAUCUUCACCGAGACGGUUAUGUCCAUUGUGAUCUCAAACCAGAGAACAUACUCAUCUUCCCAAGCUAUGCUCAUGAAGAUCUUUGCGAGCUCAAACUUGGUGACUUCGGUUCGGCUAAGGAACCCAAUGGACCUGAUCCAGUGGAUGGGUCUUUGUGUGAAGACAAUCCGGCGUAUUUGGCUCCUGAGGCGGUCGGGCCACGUGGAGUGAUCUCGUCGGCAGUUGAUAUCUGGUCCUUAGGUACCAUGGUGAUGGAGAUGAUGGGGGUUACUAUAAGAGGAAGGAGUGAUUACGUGCCGAGGACUCUAUCGCAGAUGACUAGGGACUUUGUGAGGAGAUGUAGAGAGCGGAAUCCGGGGGCUAGAGCCACUGCGGAGGAGCUCAUGAGUCACGAGUUUGUUAGACAAAGUCUUGGGGUUCCACCGCUUGAGCUGCUUCCAGUUCCUUCUUGCUUAAGUAAUGGAGUGGUUCAAGGAAGGCUUUUCUAGAAGAUAUAUGCUGGAAUGUGAUGAAGAGGGCUUUGAUUUUCGUUAGUGUCAAGUUAUUGUCGUUUAAAAGAAUAAUUUAUUGUCGUUUAAUUUGCAUUUGAUUUUGUUUCUUGUGAUAAAAAAAAAAAGCAUUUUGUUUCUUAUUAAUAUAAAGGUAAACUAUGUUCUUAUAGCAUUGUGAUCCGUGUUUUAAAUCAAUAUAUUGUUGUGUUCUUAUAACAAACGUCCAAGACAUGAACCUUUCAUUACUAACCUGAUGAGUGGAACACUUUCUAAACAGUUGAUAAUCUUCGCAUUCGAAAUUUCAACACAUCUCAUCAGGUGAUAACAAUUAGUUUAUGUAAGUGAAAGAUGUAAACAUAAUAAGGUAAUGCAGAAAGUAAAGUAAGAGACAAACAACUACAAGCAACCUUUAAGCUUUAUUAUAAAUCGCCUUGUACACUCUAUUACAAGUUCUGUUUAAUCAGCUUUACACAGUCUGUUACACCCUAACAACUGCUACUGAAAGAUUCCUUAAGCUACCCGCUUGUGUGUCUCUUCCAUCGAGUACUUCAGUCACUCCUUCAGCAUGAUCCAGAACACUUCCAAGAGCUUCUCUCUCUUUCUAUAAGAUCAGCUUAUGUGUUUCUGUCUUUCUACAGACGACCCCGUAGCUAUCUUAUACUUAUUCUCCAUGUUUAUGAAACCCUAAUCUCCAAGACAACAUGUAUGAACAUCUUCCAUAACAAUAAGUGCAACUUUCUUUUUCUUGGAAUACACUUAUUCAUCUUUCUUUAAGUCAUAAACUUGUUUCUCAAGUUUAUUCCUCUUUCCAUAUCUGUAAGAUAUUCCCUUGCUCUCCAAGUCUACACGACUCCAACUCAUCAUCUUGAUUCCACAUGAUCUUCACCACUCACUAUGACGUCUGGUUCAGCAACUACGUCAACGACUAAUUCAGAACAGACAUCUUACAUCUUCAGUUUAAACAAAAAAAAUUAUAAAUUGCAAACUGAGAUGAAAAGAACUUUCGUUUUAGGACCAAAUAGCUUACUGAACAAAUAAUAUUGCGGUGGGUUUGUAGAUAAUUUGUAGAGUGUUUUUCUCUUUUUGGUUAUCCGAUUAUCAAUAAGCGUGAUUUUUUUUCGUAUGAAAAUGAAUUUUGAUUUCUAUGAGCCACAAAAAUGAAAGAAUAAUGAGCCAAAAAUAAGUAAAAAAUAAAAAACAGAAAUAAACACAUUCGUAUAUAUGAUUUGGGAAAUUGAUCAUAUAGAGAAGAGUCUGGUGAAGAAAAUUCCGGAAGAUAUGGUGGGAUUUUGAAGACAGGAGACAUGAACAUAUCUCUCUAGCUUGUCCACUUGUCUUUGUCCACCCAUCCUUCUUCCACACAUCCAAUACAACAUUUAAAUAAACAGCUAUUUAUAAUUGUUUUAGAUAUUCGUAGCAAAUCAUACAAUCUUCAUUUUCCCAAAUUAAAUAGUUCUCUAGAGUUUACCUUCAACGUAGGAUUUUAAAAACUCCUUGUAAGAUACUCAUGUUUUCUUCUUCUUAAUGCUCCAUAUACUGCACCCAUUCGAACAUAUCAAACAUAAUUCGACGGUAAUGGAAUGUUUAUCAUAAGUAUAUUUUCUCAUCCAUGGUUCGACUUCGAGUUCAAAACAAAAGAAAUGUGAAAGAUCGGUAGGGUUAAGAGCAUGUCCAAUGGGGAUCAUUAGCAAAAAAUCCUUAGCAAAAAAAUAUUAUAAUAAUGUGUAGAGCCAACUAAAUUUAAGAGUUUGUGUCAAAUUAAUCCUUAGCUAAGGAUCAGAUUUGUUAUUGUGUGCGGGUUCCACCACCACGUGGGAUCCCGCGAUUGGCUCUUUCCUUUUUUUUUUUUUUUUUAGCUAAAUAAUAAAA